AUGGCGACGGCUUCGCCACCAAAACCGUGGGAGAGAGCGGGCGCCGCAGGAAACACACUAUCAACAGCACCAAUCGCUGGCACCCCAGCAGCCUCAACAGCAAUGACUUCAACCACCCCCGCAACGGCGUCCACACCCGACCUCCCAUCCCGACCCAGCGCCCUCAACUCAGUGGUGAACAACACCGCCUCAAACUACUCUCCCUAUGGAGCCUCCCGGCUAGGCACAGGCGGCUACGGAACAGGAUACGGCGGUAUGGGUGGUUACUCGUCGCCGUACUCCCGCUUCGGCUCCAUGGGCGGCAUGGGCUCCAUGUACGGUGGCUAUGGCGGCUACGGGAGUAGCAUGUAUGGCGGCAUGGGUGGUAUGGGUGGUAUGGGCAUGGGAGGGAUGUACGGCGGCAUGCCGGGACAGGAUCCCAAUGAUCCUAACAGUUUGACGAACUCGUUUGGGCAGAGUACCCAGGCGACUUUCCAUAUGAUUGAGAGUAUUGUCGGUGCGUUUGGGGGCUUUGCUCAGAUGCUGGAGAGUACUUAUAUGGCUACUCACAGUUCUUUCUUUGCGAUGGUCUCGGUCGCAGAGCAGUUUGGAAACCUGCGCAAUACCCUCGGCUCGGCUCUGGGUAUUUUCACGAUUAUUCGGUGGUUCAGGACUUUGAUCGCCAAGUUGACUGGUCGUCCUCCGCCUGCUGAUGCUACGUCUUUGACUCCUGCUGCUUUCGCGGCUUUCAUGGGUGGACGCGCAGCCACUACCCUCCCUGAUGGCUCGCCGGCUCCUGCUAAGCCAUCGAAAAAGCCUUUCUUCAUGUUCUUGAUUGCCGUGUUCGGUCUGCCCUACCUGAUGGGUAAGCUCAUCAAGGCGCUGGCACGGUCCCAGGAAGAAGAGGCCCGUCGCCGCCAGCAGCUGGUCGGCCCCAACGGCGAGCCCGGCUCGGCAUCUCUCGACCCAUCCAAGCUGGACUUCUGUCGUCUCCUCUACGACUACACUCCUGAGACGCAGGAGAGCAACGGAAUCGAUCUCGCUGUGAAGAAAGGCGACAUCGUCGCCGUCCUCAGCAAGUCCGACCCUAUGGGCAAUGCCUCGGAGUGGUGGCGUUGCCGUGCCCGCGACGGGCGCGUCGGCUACCUUCCCGGUCCAUACCUGGAGACCAUCCAGCGUCGACCCACCCAGCAAGCGAUCACCACCGGCAGCGAACCCGGUUCUCGCACUACGUCAUUGAAGGGCGAUGCCACCGAGGCCCGCACACAGAGUCUAUCCUCGCUGUCCAAGCCCGAGCAGAAGCCUGAGCUGAAUGGCAAGAUGGGUGAUAUCUCACCCGAGAGCUUCCAGAAGAGCACUUUCUACUCUUGA